UCUUGUUUUUCCACAAUGCCUCCCUUUCUUCAGGAGAUUGGGCUGAAGGCCAAGCAGCUGGGGGCCAGGGAAGCAGACCUAAAGAAGCAGGAUGCUUUCUACAGAGAGCAGGUGGCCCGGCUGGAGGAGAGGAGUGCUCAGUUCUACAAGGUCACCACAGAGAACUACCAUAAAGCUGCCGACCAAGUGAAUGCUAAGUUCAGGCGCUAUGAGACGUACCCUGUGUGUGCAGACCUGCAGGGCCAGAUCCUGGCGUGCUACAAGGAGAACGUCGGGAAAACCCUCAACUGCUCCAAUAUAGCAACCCUUUACCUACAGUGUGUCAACAACACUAAACAGAACAAGUUAAGAACAGGGGGCUAAGACGGAGAGAGAGACACAGAAAGCAAUGAAGAGUUUAUUGUGUGGGAUUAAUGAUUAUCGACCGACUGUCAAACAGACCAAACCGGAGUGGAGGAAGUGAGGUAUGAGUCAGCACCAAGACACGCACCCUCAAAAACCCUGUGGAGAACCGGACCGAACCAGACCACAGGCACCGAACACAGCACCCUGAUAGAGAAAUAGACACUUACCCCUCUCUUACCUUCUGUCUAUCUCUCCUGUGAGUAAGUAUGGAGGCACUGACACUGUCUUCCAUUUAGUAGAAACAGCAGCGACGGAGCUAUUCCCGCUGGAAGGACUGUAAAAUGAACCGGAACAAUCACAAGAAAGCAAACCACCUCUGUUACACACCACUUGGAUCAAUCCCCUCCCACUUCAGCACUGAUAGGAAAUAAUAAUAAAUGUCUAUGUUGUUGUCCACAAUUCAUUGUUUUCCUGCUCCUAUUGCACUUCCCUCCACACUUCUGCACAUCUGUUUCUUCUUCAUGUAAUGUUAAUAAUGUAACCAUCAGCGUGUUGAGCGUUCAUCCAGACCAACACUUGUGACAAUGUCUGAUCAGAAGUAAUAAAAGACGAAGCUAUGCAGGAA